UGGAAUUUCUUUCCUGCUUUUAUUUUGUUGAUGGGAUUGCACUUUUUCUCUUGCAUCUGCGCUCGAGUAUUUUGAUGAAGGCGGCUUGGUUGGCAUCGAAAUUGCGUGUUUGAGAGCUGUUGGGGUUUGAUGAGAUCGUUUGGCAUUGCAAAGCUUGCGUCUUGGUUUGGAUUUUAUUUUUCUCAUUUCAAUUGUGAGUUAUCUUUUUUCGCCUAAAAAAAUCGCUUCUUUGUGGAUUCAUUUGCGGGGAUUGAGUGCAUGGUUGGGGAAAGUUUGCAGCUUAGUUUGUAAUUUGCUUGCUUGAGCAGUGGGUUGGAUUCUCCAUUUCGUAUCAAACUGUAUGCUUUAUGUUCUCGUAAAUGAAUUUACUGGUUUAUUGUGUAAGGGUUGCAGUUUGUUUUAGUUGUUUUUUUUUUAUCUCUUGAGCUCCUAUAUUUGUUUUUCUCAUUUCUACAUAUUGCCAUACUGUUUGUCCAUGGAGUUUACUUGCUCCGUGUACUACUGCAUAUAUAUGACUUUUCUUUCAUUGAGCUCCUAUAUUUGUUUUUCUCAUUUCUACAUAUGGCCAUGCUGUUUGUCCAUGGAGUUGGGGGGGGGGGGGUCUUUUUUGGGGGGCUCAACUUCACUAUCGAGCAUCUGAUGUUUCUUUUCGAAGAAAGAGCAGCCUGAUGUUUCGACAGGCCUAAUGUGGUAUUCAUGAUACUUCAGUUAAGAGGUAGAUUUCUUGCCGCAUGGCCGGCACAAGCGACCACGGAUCUCUCAUGGAGGAGUGGAUGCCGCCCCCCACACCAAGCCCAAGAACACUCAUGUCAAGCUUCUUGAAUGAAGAAUUUAGCUCUGCUCCAUUCUCCAAUAUUUUCAGUGAACAUGGUAACCGCAAGCCUCGUGAUCAUUUCGAAAAGAGCAGAGAGCUUGUGAAUUUGAGCGAGGAUGUGCCUGCUCAAGCUGCAAGAGCCACAUUUCAAAAGGAUAUUUCCCUGGAGUCAAAUAUGUUCAGUGUUAAUCAGAAAUCACACUCGCAUGGCGGUUUGGCAGAGCGCAGGGCUGCGAGGGCUGGUUUUAGUGUUCCAAGAAUUGAUACUUCUCGAGUUGGUUCAUCCACAGUUAUUCGAUCACCUGUGUCAAUUCCACCUGGUCUUAGCCCAACUGAACUCCUUGAGUCACCUGUUAUCCUUUACAAUAAGAUGGCACAACCUUCUCCAACCACCGGCAAAUUGCCAUUUUUGAUGGCUAAAUAUGCUAAUUCAACAAUAUCACCAGCUGCCAAGAUAACUGAAGAUUGUACAUUUGAUAACAAUGUUUUCUCCUUCCAACCCCACUUAGGUUCUAAAGAGCCAAGUUUCUCAACUGCAGAAAAGGGUUACAGUGCUUAUCAGCAGAACCAGUCCUUGUCGAAUAUUCAUCAGCAGGAAUCCAGUCUUCAGUCAAACUUUACUGCAGUCAAGGAGAGCACUGACGAAAGAAUUGUUAAACCAAAGACAUCUGAUUUCAUGUUCGGUGUUUAUCACUGUUCUGCUGGCGAACAGGAAGAUGGUGAGACAAACCAAAAUGUGCAAGGUGAAGAUGUUGAGGCUAGCCCAGCUACUUGUCUUCCUGUAUCAGAGCAUGGUGAUGCAUCUAUUGUGGAGUCUCAUGAUGCAGUUGAUGUCUCGUCAACACUGUCGAACGAGGAGGAUGAAAGGGUAACACAUGGCACUGUUUCUAUAAGCUGUGAUGGCGAUGAAGAUGAUACUGAAUCUAAAAGAAGGAAGCUGGAUGAUUUAGGAGCUGCUACUACUGCUGCUGCUGCUGCCACCAGUACCAUUGACAUGGGAGCUGCAGCCUCAAGAGCUGUCCGGGAGCCUCGGGUUGUUGUUCAGACUACAAGCGAGGUCGACAUUCUAGACGACGGGUAUCGGUGGCGUAAAUAUGGGCAGAAGGUUGUUAAAGGCAAUCCAAAUCCAAGGAGCUACUACAAAUGUACACACCCUAGCUGUUCAGUGCGCAAGCACGUUGAAAGGGCAUCACAUGAUCUGAAAUCAGUCAUCACGACUUAUGAGGGAAAGCACAACCAUGAAGUUCCAGCAGCCAGAAACAGUGGGCAAGCCAGCUCUGCUUCUGGCAGCGCUCCAUCUGCAUCACAAGCUAGUAGCUCUCACCGUAGGCAAGAACCAGCACAAGCCAGCUUCACUCACUUCGGUGGCACUGCUCCUUUCGGCUCCUUCGUUCUCCCACCAAACGGCCAGUUGGGACCAGCAAUAGGCAAUUUUCGCUUCGGGAUGGUUCCGCCAGGCAUGGUGAUCCCAAUGCCCUCUCUAGGAUCUCUUGCUCCAACAGAGAUGAUUGGAAAUUCAUCAGCUAUGCAGGGGUACCCAGGGCUCAUGAUGCCAGGAGAGCUGAAGGCGGAGCCAGUGUCGCAAUCGGGCUUCCCAGCGGUAAAUGCUGCCCCAUCAGCUUACCAACAUUUGAUGAGCAGACCUCCUUUUGGUCCUCAGAUGUAAAUAAUAGAAAAAGAAGGGGAUAGAUUUGUUUCAGCUUGUAUACAUGAUAGUAAAACCGCAACAUUUAUCUGUUCUACUGUUCACGAAUCCUACUUCUUUUUUCCCCUUCACGCAUUCCUUUGAAGCAAAGAAUGCUGAGGAUGAUUCCCUUUCUUUCUGCUGUAACCAGGAAAAGGAUAACUUGAGACGAUGGAAAUUUGACAUUAAUCAAUCAAAACUUCUGGUUGUGAAUA